CAAGACUAUUGCGAAAUUACUGAAAUACAAGCUAUUUAUAAGAAGGUGAGGUGUCAAAAAUCAAACACACUAUAUCCAUUCAAGAGGAACAAAAGAAAAGAAAAUGCCCAGAUUUUCCAUCACUACUACUCUAGCGUGUCUGGCGUCAGUCUGUCUAUGCCUGCAAGGUGCAAAUGCACAGGAUUGUGCAACUCCCAAACUACAGACCUGCGCUACAAACUUCGCGGCAGCGGCAGCUGCAGCGGGUCAGGAUAAAACAAAAAUAUGCAGUGCCGCCAAUUCCUAUUUGGAUUGCGUGAAUAAAGUUGUUACUGACUGCAAACUGGACCCCAAUAGUAGUUCCAUUAUAAACCAGGCAAUCACCACUGCCAAACAGGAAUUGGCUCAAGCCGGAUGCGGAAAUGGUGCCAGUGGAUCGGUUUACAGUGUCGUCGCCAUCGUUCUAGGAGUUUUCCUUCACAGGCUGUUUUAGAAAUAAUCACAACUUCGAGCGUUUUAAUGAACAAGUUUGUACUGAGUUUUACAGUGUGUUUCACUUUUUUAUAUAUAAAAAAAUAUUAUUGGUCGCAUGCUUCUAUGUUUAAACUGGUACAAUUGAUGUCAAUUCAUAAUAGAAAACAAAUCUGUAAUCUGGGUAAAUUUUUAAAAGGUGCUUUACUCUUACGAUCUAGCCAAACUAUCGUCUAAUGUAUAUGCUGGUUUUUGUUGGUUUCUUUUUUAUGUAAACUUGUCUUAUAACUCUCUUCAUGUAUGUCCAUCCUCUAAUAUUCACUCCACUUUUCAUACUGUAUACAUCUUUUUUGUUUAUACUUUGUAAUUGAAUAUGUAUUAUGCUGAUGAGCCGUAAGGCUUAAAGCCAAUAAACAAUACAAUACAAUACUUAAGUAAUUGUCUUUUUUCUCAAUUCGAACGUGUAGUAUACGAACUGCAAGAUCGAACAUAGUGACCAGCGAUUUAUACAUAUUUUUUGUAUUCAUAAAUAUAUAUUUAUAUACAAUUAU